AGCAACAAACUAAACAAACAAUCAACAUGCAAUUCCUCAUCUGCUUGGCUCUCUGCGUGGCUGUGGCUCAGGCCGGUUACCUGGCUUCACCUGUUGCCACUUAUGCUGCUGCUCCAGUUACCACCUAUGCUGCAGCUGCUCCAUUGGCAACAUACUCCGCUGCUGCUCCAUUGGCAACCUACUCCGCUGCUGCCCCUGUGGCCUACGCCGCUGCAGCUCCUUUGGCUACCUACACCCGUGCUGCUGCUCCUGUUACCACCUACGCCGCUGCAGCUCCUGUGGCUACCUACACCCGUGCUGCUGCUCCUGUGACAGCCUACUCCGCCGCUGUGCCCGCUGCCUACUCCGCCUACUCUGCUUCUGUAUAUGGCGCUCCAGCCUACACAGCGCCAGUGGCCACCUAUGCUGCUUCGCCCUAUGCAGCACCCAUCUCUACCUAUGCUGCUCCAGCCGUCCUCAGCCCCUUCCUGAAGAAGAAGUAAAUGCUAAACUUUCCGUUUCAACUGUAAACUGUUCCGACUUUAAAUAUUUGCAUCAAUUAAUAAACUUUUAAA